GUGAGCGAUGUGAAUCUAACAGGGUCAUUCUAACAGACGGGAGAGACUCAGCAGACAAUCCAGGGAUUAUCCCGGAGAGACGCCAGUAUCACAGACAGGGAUUAUCCCGGAGAGACCAGUAUCACAGACAGGGAUUAUCCCGGAGAGACCAGUAUCACCGACAGGGAUUAUCCCGGAGAGACGCCAGUAUCACAGACAGGGAUUAUCCCGGAGAGACCAGUAUCACAGACAGGGAUUAUCCCGAAGAGACACCAGUAUCAUCGACAGGGAUUAUCCCGGAGAGACCAGUAUCACAGACAGGGAUUAUCCCGAAGACACCAGUAUCACCGACAGGGAUUAUCCCGGAGAGACCAAUAUCACCGACAGGGAUUAUCCCGGAGAGACCAGUAUCACAGACAGGGAUUAUCCCGAAGAGACACCAGUAUCACCGACAGGGAUUAUCCCGGAGAGACCAGUAUCACAGACAGGGAUUAUCCCGAAGAGACACCAGUAUCAUCGACAGGGAUUAUCCCGGAGAGACCAGUAUCACAGACAGGGAUUAUCCCGGAGAGACCAGUAUCACAGACAGGGAUUAUCCCGAAGACACCAGUAUCACCGACAGGGAUUAUCCCGGAGAGACCAAUAUCACCGACAGGGAUUAUCCCGGAGAGACCAGUAUCACAGACAGGGAUUAUCCCGGAGAGACACCAGUAUCACAGACAGGGAUUAUCCCGGAGACACCAGUAUCACCGACAGGAAUUAUCCUGGAGAGACCAAUAUCACAGACAGGGAUAAUCCAGGAGAGACCAGUAUCACCGACAGGGAUUAUCCCGGAGAGACCAGUAUCACCGACAGGGAUUAUCCGGGAUUAUCCAGGAUUAUCCGGGAGACACCAGUAUUCCCGGGGAAUGAGGAGGGAGACGGAUUAUUCCUCAGGGAGCAGUUUCUGAAAAUACAGACAGGGAGAGAAAUUAUCACAC